AUGAAGACUUUAGGGUUUUCACCUAAACAAAAGUUUUGUGCUAGACGGCAAACGCAAAGGUGGCUGCCAGAGGGAGAUCGAUCGUCAUCUUUCACGCCCUCCACCAUGGAAACACAGAGAAAGAAGUUUACAAAGGUAAGUGUAAACUCAGAGUUGCUUCCAGUUGAUCUGAUUAUGGAGAUUCUUAAAAAAUUGUCUCUCAAACCUCUAAUCAGAUUCCUUUGUGUAUCUAAGCUAUGGGCUUCUAUAAUCCGUGAUCCGUAUUUCAUGAAAUUGUUCCUCAAUGAGUCCUUGAAAAGACCCAAAAGUCUUGUAUUUGUAUUCAGAGCACAAUCUUUGGGUUCAAUCUUCUCAUCCGUUCACCUUAAAAGUACACGCGAGAUAUCAUCAUCAUCAUCAUCAUCUUCUGCUUCUUCAAUCACUUACCAUGUGACUUGCUACACUCAACAACGCAUGACCAUUUCUCCUUCCGUCCACGGUUUGAUAUGCUAUGGACCACCUUCUAGCCUCGUCAUAUAUAACCCCUGCACUAGACGAUCAAUUACCUUGCCCAAGAUCAAAGCAGGGAGGAGAGCCAUAAACCAAUACAUAGGCUAUGAUCCCCUUGACGGUAAUUAUAAAGUGGUGUGCAUUACGAGAGGCAUGCCUAUGCUUAGGAAUAGACGCGGUUUAGCUGAGGAGAUACAGGUUUUGACAUUGGGAACUCGGGAUUCAUCAUGGAGGAUGAUUCAUGAUAUUAUUCCUCCUCACUCUCCUGUAAGUGAAGAACUUUGCAUCAACGGUGUUUUGUAUUAUCGAGCUUUUAUUGGCACAAAACUAAAUGAGUCUGCAAUCAUGAGUUUUGAUGUUAGGUCUGAAAAAUUUGAUCUUAUCAAAGUACCUUGCAACUUUCGUAGUUUUUCAAAGUUGGCAAAAUAUGAGGGAAAACUGGCUGUCAUCUUCUAUGAAAAGAAAACGAGUGGUAUUAUUGGUUUGUGGAUUCUGGAAGAUGCUUCUAAUGGGGAAUGGUCGAAGAAGACUUUUGCAUUGCCUAAUCUAGCUGCCUCAUCAACAAACUCGCGUAUUCUUAAGCUUCAAAAGUUCCGUACAACUGACGCUGACACAUGUGAGAUUAUUUUCACACCAUCUUAUGCGCAUUCAUCACUAUCUAGUGCUAUUUAUUGUGAUCUGAAGGAAAAUAAAGUGAGAAAAUUUGUAAAAGAAGGAUGGACAGAGAACUAUCUACCAUGUAAUGCAGACUCAGUUUCCUCUACUCAGGUUGAGAAUCUCAUGUUUCUAUGAGGUCAGUUUCCGGCUCUUCAAAUCAUUCAGUUCUCCAUCUCAUUCUCCUUGGAACAGGUCUUUUGUUCUUCAGUUUAGUUGAACUCUAUCUGGUUUACUUGAAAAGUUUUGCAUGAUCUAGAUUGUUUAUGUCAUCAAUCAUCGUCUAUACUUUAUAUUUCGUUUUCGGAUCAAACACUUUCCUCAUAAACUAUUUAGAGAACAAUCCAGAGGAAUUACUUAGACUAUAUAUGUAGUUGAAGUAUGAAUGUAUAUGUAUACCAUUUGAUGAGACUAAAAAAG